AUGAACAGACAAUUUGAUCCUUGGAGAGAUUCCGCUCUCGCCCAGGUGGUCCACUUCAAUCAACGGCCUCCGCCCCUCUCCAUGUUAUUCCGGGGGGGGUUCCAUUGCUCCGACCUCCUUCUGAAGAAUGGUGAUGCAAACAAGGGUGUCCAAGAUAUUAUUGAUGCAGAGGUCGCUCAGAUCAAAACCUGGGUGAAGGAAUACUACCAUUGA